CGCCCCUAUCGUGUUACACGUGACCCUAUUCUGAUAUCUACUUUUUACAGGUGUAACACCGUACGAGCUCAAACAUCAUGGCUGAUCAGGGACUAAACUUCGACAAUCCGCUGUUCAAGCAGUUUGCGUUUUACAGCGGUGUGGUGAUUGUGAAGACAAUGUCGAUGAGUGUGCUAACGGCACUUAAUCGGAUCGGAAAGUCGGUGUACGCUAACCCCGAGGACUGUGCCAUAGGGAAGGCUAUGGACAGGAACUGUAAGCCAACAUUAACGGACCCAACCGUGGAACGCAUCAGAAGGUGUCAUCUGAAUGAUUUAGAAAACGUGAUUCCCUUCUUUUUGAUUGGAUUACUAUACGUCAGUAGUGGACCAAAUCCAGCAACAGCUCUGAUGUACUUCCGGAUCUUCACCGGAUGUCGUCUCCUGCACACUGUCGCCUAUCUCUGUAAAGUACCCCAGCCUUCGCGUGCACUCCUGUUUGGCGGGGGACUUGUUGUGUCAUUGUGUAUGGCUUUCGAUGUCAUACGCAAGGCCUGUUAAAUGCUCUAAACGGUUAUAAAACAGCAAUACUAUUUUUUUCAUAAAAUAUAUCUUUUUUUGUACUACUGUUUUGACAGUUUGACAUUUUUAACGGUUUAAUUUUUUAAAUUCUAAACACAGGAUUUCAUUCAAUGUUAGUCUGUAAUUCGUUCUGAUAUAAUGGCAUUUAUGUUAGCAUUUUGUCCAUGUUUAAACAUUUCUCGUUAAUCGUUUGUUUCUCUUGAUUGUAAUGAAUGUUUCGUUUAAUUCUCUGCUCGUUACAUUAAUUUCAUUGGGAUGAGAUAGGAUGCUAUACAACAGUUGUGUAAAAUAAAAUCAUUAAC